AUGGUGAUGGAUAUUCGUGUUAAGCUUGAUUUCCCUGCCAUGGAUUAUAAUAGUCGGUUCAGUGGCUUAACAAAAAAUUUGGUGAAGCGAAAAAAGGUAACGAAGUUAUUUUGUAUUCAAGCGAGAGAAAGGUUUCUCGAGUUCGUUAACUCAGAAACUAUUCUAACUGGGCAUAGUUUGGAAAGCGAUCCAAAAGCCCUACGAAUUGUCCACCAGAAAAUAGUCGAUACAUCCGAUGUUUUUCCGCAUGAAAGAGGACUACAGUAUAAAGAGGAAUCAAGUUUAACAAGAAUAUCCAUCACCAACUCGUUCCUGCAGUUUACUAAAGUCACUCUCGCAAGUGACAAGCCGCGCCUUGUGUAA